GUACGUGGCAGAACCGAGAUCGACUUCAUCUCUUCCCCUUCACCAGAAAGCAUGACCUCUCACUUCGCAGAAAAUUUGAUACUAUUAGCACGGAGAAAAUAAAUACAAAUCAAAAUCAAAACAAAGCUCCCCGUUAAAGAGAAACAAUGGCGUCAAUGGCGUCGAGCCUCAGUCCUCUCUCUCCUCAUCUCGCCUCCGCUCGCCGUUCUCUCUCGUGGGGGCGCACUUUAGCACCCGCGUGCAGCGAAGCGCUAUUCUGCGCUCCACUUGUCUCUUCGUCUUCUGCAGGAAGAUAUAACAUGCAAUCGCUCGUUAAAUGUAAUGCUCAAACAGUAGUUUCAACUAGUAUUGCUCAGGGCACUCCUGUCAGGCAAACAAGCAUACUAGUUGUUGGGGCCACCGGAACUUUGGGCCGGCAAGUUGUUAGGAAAGCAUUAGAUGAAGGAUAUGACGUUAGAUGUCUUGUAAGGCCUCGGCCAGCUCCAGCUGAUUUCCUUCGAGAUUGGGGUGCAACUGUUGUCAAUGCUGAUCUUAGCAAACCAGAGACCAUUCCUGCGACUCUUGUUGGCGUUCAUACAGUGAUAGAUUGUGCAACAGGACGGCCCGAAGAGCCUAUCCGCAAGGUAGAUUGGGAAGGGAAAGUUGCUCUCAUACAAUGCGCAAAAGCAAUGGGAAUCCAAAAGUUUGUAUUUUAUUCCAUUCAUAACUGUGAUAAACACCCUGAGGUUCCUUUGAUGGAGAUCAAGCGCUGCACCGAGAAGUUCCUUCAAGAUUCUGGUUUAAACUACAUCAUAAUCCGUUUAUGCGGUUUCAUGCAGGGCUUAAUUGGACAAUAUGCUGUUCCAAUACUAGAAGAGAAAUCAGUUUGGGGUACGGAUGCUCCCACAAGGAUAGCUUACAUGGAUACACAGGAUAUAGCUCGAUUGACAUUUAUAGCUAUGCGCAAUGAAAAUAUUGCCAAAAAGCAUCUCACAUUUGCUGGACCUCGAGCUUGGACAACCCAAGAGGUGAUUACUUUGUGUGAAAGACUCGCAGGGCAGGAUGCAAAUGUAACCACUGUCCCGGUUUCUGUUCUGAAAUUUACUCGCCAGCUUACUCGGUUCUUUCAGUGGACAAAUGAUGUUGCUGACAGAUUGGCUUUCUCAGAGGUGCUCUCCAGCGACGUUGUAUUUUCAGUUCCGAUGAAUGAGACGUACAGCCUCUUGGGCAUCGAUCAGAAAGACAUUUCAACUUUAGAGAAGUAUCUGCAGGAUUACUUCACAAACAUAUUGAAGAAACUAAAAGACAUAAAAGCACAGUCCAAACAGACAGACAUUUACCUUUGAAUUACUCCAUUUGCAAAGGUAAUGAUUCUCAAAAAAUUUAGUAGAAAAGUUCGACUGUGUAUUUGUGAAUUCUUUGUGCAAUAUAUAUGUAGGAAAUUGUAAGUAUACAUUAACAUGAAUACUGAGUUAUAUGAAUUCAAAUAUCAAAUGACAGUUGUCGUCGUCGUUUUGAUAAUUGUGUUA